AUGGAUGGCAGAAUCCAGUCUCACAAUUCAUCCAUGCCUCUUGUAUCCAGGUUGGAUCAUUUGGAUUUCAUUAUGAAGUAUCUGGAAAGAAAACAAAAGUUAGCAAAAUUGGGUAGCAAUGGUUCGAGUGGUGCAAAAUUGAAGGGGCAAUGCCUGCCAAUGGAUUUGGCAUUGAAGGAGACUUACUUCAAAGGCUCACUCUUGGAUCGAGUGGCAGCUCUUGAACAUAGGCUUUUUCAGUUGUGCUUAGAGAUGGAUUCAAGCAGCAGCUCAUCAUGCACUUCUACGCAAGCAUCAGGGAAUACCUAUUGGAGCCAUGGAUCCAAGGGGGAAUCAUCUUGCUCAUUCCCAACUUUCACCUCCAAUCCCUAUCAAGGUCACAAUAAAAGAAUAUCCCAAGUCCAUGCCACAAGGCUUGAAAUUGAGGAACAACCUGAUGGAGAGCACCCAAACCAGAACCCUCCAACUACUUGUUCUGCUCAAAACCAACUUACUAAGAAGAAGAAGAAGAAGAAGAACCAGACCAACAAAGAUGAAAAACCUUGCCCAAAUGGGAAGAAGAAAACCUCUUCCAAUUGGCCGUACUUGAAAUUAUUAGGCUGCUAG